AUGAAGAAUGUGCCUUAUUCCAAUGCUAUAUGGUCUGUUAUGUAUCUCAUGAUUAGCACUAGGCCUGAUAUUGUAUAUAUAGUUAGUUUCUUGAGUAGAUUUAUGUCUAACUCUGGUACUAAGUUGAUUGGUUAUGUGGAUUCCAAUUAUGCUAAUGAUAGGGAUAAUAGAAAGUCUACUACUUCUUAUGUGUUUACUUUGUGUGUCUCUUGCAUAAGUUGGAAGUCUCAACUUCAACCCAUUGUUGCUUUAUCUACUACAGAAUCUGAGUAUAUGUGGCUGCCACUGAAACUUUUAAGGAAGCAAUUUGGCUUAGGGCA